GGGGUCACAGGUGGGGCCUUGUACCUAGUCCUUCCGGGGCGCAAGAUGGCGCUGCCCUUUGCGUGUUCGCCUUGCCUCUGCCGCUGGGGAGCCAAACGAUUGGGGGCUGCCGCCGCCGAAGCCCGCAGAGGCGUCAGUUUCAAACUGGAAGAGAAAACCGCCCACAGCAGCCUGGCGCUCUUCAAAGGUGACACAGGUGUCAAAUAUGGCAUGGUGGGAUUGGAGCCCACCCAGUUGGCCCUGAAUGUGGAGCGUUUCCGGGAGUGGGCAGUGGUGCUGGCAGACACGGCUGUCACCAGUGGCAGACACUACUGGGAGGUGACUGUGAAGCGCUCGCAGCAGUUCCGGGUAGGCGUGGCGGAUGUGGACAUUUCUCGGGAUAGCUGCAUCGGUGUCGAUGGCCGUUCCUGGGUGUUCGCCUAUGCCCAGCGCAAGUGGCAUUCCAUGUUGGCCAACGAGAAAGCCCCUAUUGAGGGCAUUGGGGAUCCAGAGAAGGUGGGGCUGCUGCUGAAGUAUGAGGCCCAGAAGCUGAGCUUGGUGGAUGUGAGCCGGGUUGCUGUGGUCCACACGCUACAAACAGAUUUCCAGGGUCCAGUGGUACCUGCCUUUGCCCUUUGGGAUGGAGAAUUGCUGACCCAUUCGGGGCUUGAGGUGCCUAAAGGCCUCUAGUGUGUCCAUCACUGGAGUUCCCAAUCACACCCUUGCCAUUGUCCUCCUCCCAGUGUCUGGAACCUUUUAACUUUGCCUCAAGUAACCUCUGGCUCCCUCUGUGCAAUGUCUUAGUCAUUUCCCUCCCCCCUACCUGUGAAAGCUAGGCUACUGCCAAUUUUCCUAGGCUGCCAUGAAUGUAUGUUCCUUGACUUGCUUCAUUGGGUCCCUCCGUCUUCCUGGGCCCAGGCCUUUCUCAGACUGUUCAGUCCUGGAGUCUUUCCUUUCAGCUUUGUUUGGAUUUGCUCAUC